AUGGCCCGAAAGAAGAGUGCCGAGCCUGGCCAAGGCAGUGACGACGUCAGCAAAGGCGGCAAGGCACCACCGCCGCCACCAUCAUAUGUCGAUGAGGUCGACGACUUUGGCCUCCCCAUACGAACAUAUACCAACAAAGAUGCCGAUUCAUCAGAUAGCGCUGCUGACGAUUUCGCCGAUGCCGUAGAGACCGUCGACCAACAGCAGCAGCAGCCGUCUGACCGCCAGACUGUUGGGCAGGGGAGCCACAGCAAAUUUGAUGACACUCGCCAAGACACGACGACGGCAACGACGACAACGACAGACAAAUCCAGCACGCGGGAUGCUGCACAGGGGCCUUCUGCUAAUGCUUCUGGUUCCACCGACACUGCUACAUCGGCACCGGCACCGGCACCGGCACCAGAACCGGCAAAGACCGAGAUGGACAGUCCCGCAAACGAGACGGUGAAAGGGGCCUCGUCAGAUGGGACGAAGGCCGCCGCUACCGCACGCAGCGAGCCGAUUACGAAACCACAAGACCCCGAGAAAACCGGUGUUUCCUCGUCCGAGGCUGCUGCAGCCACCCAGGGCCACACGAAGAAUAUUCCCAGCGUGGCCAGCCAGCAGGGUGGCCUGUCCGGGUUCUCGCACCAGCAGACGGGAGAACAUGAAGACGCCGACAAGGACAAGGAUGACGAAGAUGACGACGGCGGCUGGCAGGAGAUGCCCGCCUUCGCCCCCUACGACAUGUACGAUGACAACGACCGGCUGAUUGCGAGGGAGCUCAACGUUGAAGACGAGGACGCUCGGGCGGCCGUCUACAGCAACAUGGGCGGCGCUGGCCGCGGGUACACGCGGGUGCUGAUGGACGAGGAUGCCCAGUCGGCCAACAGCAUGGACGACAACACGCAGUACCUCUUCAAGGAGGGCGGCAAGGGCACCGCCAUGAUUGAUGAAGACGACGAGGCUCGCGACGCCAUGUCCCAGAUGCAGGCCACAAAGGACCUCCUGACCGAGGGCCAGCGCAUAGCCUACGUGGGAAUCGUCCGCUUGGAGGUUGCAACCAUGGUCAGCGACGGCGAGAAGCUCGAGUCCACCCGCAGGAUCCGCAAAGAGGUGGCCACGGCUGCCGAGGCCCUCAAGAUGUGGGGCCAGAAGAUGAUGAUUCGCCUCUAUUCGCACAUGGAUAUCAGCGACGCCGAGCAGAUCAUGAUCGAGCAGCUGGCAGAUCAUGGCGUUGUGCCCCAGGACCUCGUGCCAGCUCUCCACGCGAAUGCCAGAGACACGAAGAAGAAGGCGGGAGGUGAUAGCGAUAGUGACAAUGAAAGGGAGGAUGACGAAGAACCGGCGGCGCCUCCACCGCCCUACGAAGCCCACGAGGGCGACGCCGCCGUCCCGGAAGCGCAGACGCCCUCACAGCUCCCCACGACAGCCAAGAUUGAUAUCGACCUGCGGUGGACGGUGCUAUGCGAUCUUUUCCUGAUCCUGAUUGCCGACUCGGUAUACGACUCCCGAUCCCGUGUGCUGCUGGAGCGCGUGGGCAAGAGCCUGGACGUGUCGUGGACCGACAUCUGUCGCUUCGAGAAGCGCGUCACCGACGCCAUCGAGAUGCAGCAGGCCGCCGACCGGGAGAACUGGAACGAGGACGAGCACAUGGAGAACCGCCGCAAGGGCGCCCUGAAGAAGCGGUACAUGAUGCUCGGCCUCGCCACCGUGGGAGGCGGCCUCGUCAUCGGUCUGUCCGCGGGCCUGCUAGCCCCCGUCAUCGGCGCGGGUCUUGCCGCGGGCUUCACCACCAUCGGCGUCGCGGGCACGGGAAGUUUCCUCGGCGGCGUGGGCGGUGCGGCCGUCAUCACGUCGGGCGCUGUCGCCUCGGGAGGAUACAUAGGUGCCAAGGCGGCGGACAAGCGCACGGGCGCGGUCAAGACCUUCGAGUACAGGCCCUUGCACAACAACAAGCGCGUCAAUCUAAUCGUUACAGUGUCGGGCUGGCUCACGGGAAAGGUGGACGAUGUGCGCCUGCCGUUUAGUACUGUUGAUGCUACCAUGGGGGAUAUCUACUCCAUCUUGUGGGAACCCGAGAUGCUGCAGAGUAUGGGAGCGACGAUUCGAAUCUUGGCUACAGAGGCUCUCACUCAAAGCAUCCAGCAGAUCCUGGGAAGCACCAUCCUAGCGGCCCUCAUGGGAGCGCUGCAGCUUCCCAUCAUCCUGACCAAGCUAUCGUACCUGAUUGACAACCCGUGGACGGUGUCUCUGGACCGGGCGUGGGCCGCGGGUAAGAUCCUUGCGGACUCGCUGAUCGAGCGGAACCUGGGCACGCGACCCAUCACGCUGGUGGGCUACUCGCUGGGAUCGCGUGUCAUCUUCUCCGCGCUGCAGGAGCUGGCCAAGCGUGGUGCGUAUGGCGUGGUGCAGAACGUGUACAUGUUCGGGUCGCCCAUCGUGGUCAAGAAGGAGGAGUACCUGCGGGCGCGGACGGUGGUGGCGGGCCGGUUCGUCAACGGGUUCAACCGCACCGACUGGAUCCUGGGAUACCUGUUCCGGCUGACCAAUGGCGGGAUCCGACGGGUGGCAGGGUUGGCGGCCAUCGAGGACCUGCCCUGGAUGGAGAACAUGGACGUGACGGACAUCGUGCCGGGCCACAUGGACUACCGUAAGACCAUGCCGAAGCUGCUCAUCCGGUGCGGCUGGUCAGUCGAGAGCGAGGAGUUUAGCGAGAUCGAGGAUCCCGACCCUGACAACCACGAUGAGAGGCAGAGGGAGCUCAUCAACGAGAUCGAGGAGGCACGCAAGGAGCUCGAGAGGGAAGGCAGGGAGAGGGAGAAGACGAAGCGCAAGAGCGGGCGCUUCUCCAUCUUUGGCCGUCGCAAGAAGACCGACAGGCAAGAGUGGGAGCUCUACGAGGACAAGGAUGGGAGCAACAGCAGUAGCGCCAUCGGUGCCGGUGCCGGCGGCGGCGCCUCGGCCUCGGCGGCGGCCAGCGGCAGCAGCAGCGCUGCGGCCGUGGCGGCCCGAGAGUUGGACGACGAGGACCGCGACGCCGCCUACCAGGGCGCCCUAUUCGACGUGGACGCCAUCCGCGCUGAGCUGGCGAGGGACGCGUCAGACGAGGAUUCCAAGCGCAAGCAGCAGAAAAAGGAGGAGGAGGAGGAGAAGGAGGAGGAGCUCCUCCAGGUGCGGGAGAUCAAGUCGACGCUGCCGCCGAUGAAGCUCGACCUGUCGUCCCCGAAGAGCACGACGAGCUACGGCGGGUAUAAUGAUUUCAGCACGGGCAGCGGCGGCGUGGGAUUGCACGACAGACCCGACGACGGCAUCCACAUGACGUUUGACACAGCGUUUGACGGUGGCGACAAGGAAACGAGCACCGGCAGUUACCGUCACCAGCACCGGAUGAGUGCGACUAGCAGUACUAGUCCGAGCUCGCCGACGCGGAGGGCGCAGACGGCUACGACGCUCUCCCCCGCGGCGACGAGUAACCCGUGGGGAGACGUGGAUGAUGACGAUUUCGGUCAGGGGGAGGAGGAGAUUUCCAUGACGUUUGCCUAG